AUGCCUCCAAAUUGGAUUAAUAUAACUUAUCACGAUUCUAGAUAUUGGGAGGAUACUUUACUUGCUGAAAGAGUUAGUGCAACUGGGGUUGUACAGGCUUAUUGUAAUAAACGUCUCGAUGCAAUUUUUGGUUUUGCUGAUGCUUAUUCACUUGCAACAGUUUCAAAAAUCUCUGCAGGUUUUGGGGAGGGAGUUCCAGUCUUAACAACAACAGGAUUAACAACAAUAAUUGGCUCUAAAAAAUCAUAUCCUUAUGUAACUCGUAUGAGAGGUUCAUAUACACAAAUGGCCGAAGCUGCUUAUAAAUUUAUUGCUUUACAAGAUCAAAAUUUUGAAUUACAACAACAAAAAAGAAGAAAAAAACAACAAAAAAAUUUAUUUUUCCCCCUAAAUUAUCAAAAUUUAGUGUUUAUGUAUCACGAUAAAAGAAGAGCUUUAAAUAAACCUCCUCCAAGUACAAAUAGAGCAAAAAUUGGAGAAACGGGAGGAUAUUCAUCAGCACCAGAUGAAUCCCCCUCUUCUUCUUGUUAUUUUUCUUCACACGCAAUUAAAUCUUAUUUUCAAGAAAAUAAUGAUUUUUUUAUGGAAACGUGGAAAACACAAACUCCCCAUGUUGCUUUUGAUGAAGAAUUAACGAGAAGUAAAGAAGAAGUUAGUGAAUGGGUUAAAUUGGCAUCUUUACAAGCUAACGGUUUGUUUUGUUAAUUUUUAAUUUAAAUUUAUUUAAUUUGGUUGCUUUUUUAUACAUAUUUUUGUUUUUUCCUCCCAAUUUAAAACAUUUUUUAUUUUUAUUUUAUUUUUACUUCAUUAAUUUUUCUCCCCUUUCUCUCAUCAAUUUACUGACAAAU